UUCGUUUUGCUGGUUUGAGACUCAUCCCCCGGAGAAGGGAUUUCAGCGGGAAAAUGAAUUCGGCGUCUCUGGCUGCUUGUCCGCAGCAGAAUCUCCAUAGAGUCUUCGUCUACGGUACUCUCUUAGCUGAUGAAGUCAUUCAUAUACUCUUGAAGCGUAUUCCGAAAUCCUCCGCUGCUGUCCUCAAUCACUAUCAAAGAUUAAGCAUUAAAGGACGAGUUUAUCCAGCGAUCAUACCUGUUGAUAGCAAGAAAGUAUCUGGCAAGAUUCUUUUUGAUAUCACGGACACUGAAAUGCAUAUUUUAGACACAUUUGAAGAUGUUGAAUACAAGAGGAGCACAGUUGAGGUCUCGUUAAUGGACAGUUUUGAGAAAUUAUUAGUGUAUGCCUAUGUUUGGUGCAACGAAAAAGAUCCAGACUUAUACGGAGAUUGGGAUUUCGAGGAGUGGAAGCGAGUUCAUCUGGAUGCUUACAUCGAGAUGGUCAAUGACUUUAUGGAAGAGUUUGAGCCGCAGCCCGCAUCGGAACAAUGAGUGGCCGCUGAUGGAGGUGGAUAGCUCUUCGACGAACAACCCUCCACUCUUCAGCGCCAGGAGAAGAACCUUCGAAAAUAAACGGCAAGUAACCCGUUGCAGCUUUGUACCUCUGCUGAAUCUGGGACCGACCAAAACCCAUAUGGUAAGAUUACGAUUCAUCAAAAAACUGUA